UAUAAAGUGAUGUAUAUCCUCUCCUCUAUCUUGGCGCCCCAAGGUUUGAAGUUUCUCCUGCAUAAACCAUAGGCGCUCUCUGGGGUUUUACAAUAAAUCUUAGGCGGUGUCCUCUGUAUCAAAGCUAUUUUACAUUUCUGAUUUCAAAAUGGCAACCACAUUAGCAGGUAGAGGUUUCUGCAUCUUGAAGUCCUUACGCUUGCUUCGUCACAAUAAAUACUUUGAACACGCUGCUUCUACCCUCCUUUACCGCCGAAAAUGUUCUCUUCUGUUGUCGCACAAACAGCAUGGGCUAGGAGCCAUGAAGUGGGCACGUAUGUUGCAGUUUCGCAAUAUUUUAUUGGAAGGUAAGGUAAGAUCAAACUUUGAUGCUGAUGAGGCACGUGAUGCUGAUGAGGCACGUGAUGCUGAUGAGGCACGUAAUGCUGAUGAGGCAUGUGGUGCUGAUGAGGCAUGUGAUGCUGAUGAGGCACGUGAUGCUGAUGAGGCACGUAAUGCUGAUGAGGCAUGUGGUGCUGAUGAGGCAUGUGAUGCUGAUGAGGCAUUUACUGCUGAUGAGGCAUGCGAUGCUGAUGAGGCAUCCAGUGAUGAUAAAGCAUCGGAAAAAGAGGCGACACUGCAUGCAGUCCUUACUCAAAUCAGUGACGAUCUUGGCAAGGAAUCUGUCAAGUGGCUGGGGCGCUUUUUUGUUCGUAGAAAUGUGUCUGUUAUUUCAACUGGGUCUUUGAAUCUUGACCUUGCACUUGGAAUUGGGGGACUUCCAAAGGGUCGAAUGAUCGAAAUAUACGGACCUGAGGGAUCAGGAAAAACAACCCUUGCUCUUCAUGUAAUAGCAGAAGCUCAAAGAAAUGGAGGUCAAUCUGUCUUUAUUGAUGCUGAACACGCCUUAGAUCAAUCGCUUGCAGAAGCUGUGGGUGUAAAGACCAAGAAUCUACUGUUUUCUCAGCCUAAUUGUGGCGAACAAGCUCUCAACCUAAUCGAUAAAUUCAUUCGCAGUGGGUGUGUGGAUGUUAUUGUGGUAGACAGUGUAGCAGCACUUGUGACUCAGAGGGAACUAGAUGGUAAAAUGGGUGAUGAUGAUCGCAUGGCAUCACAGUCAAUAAUGAUGACUCAAGCCUUGCGUCAAUUGGCUUCACCUUUAUCUCUUUCCCAAACUGUUCUAAUUUUCCUUAAUCAGGUAAGAAUAAAAUUUACUCCAUUUGGAGGAACUGAAACUACUUCUGGUGGCAAUGCUCUGAAAUUCUAUGCAUCAAUCCGCCUAAACAUUCGAAGAACUGGAUUGCUAAGAAAAGGAGAUAAGAUAGUUGGAAGUCAGGUUACAGUUGCAGUUGUUAAGAACAAGCUGGCACCUCCAUUGAAAACAGCAGAAUUUGAACUUGAAUUUGGCAGGGGCAUCUCAUCUGCAGCCGAGAUUUUGGAUCUAGGAAGUAAUCAUGGAUUUGUCACGAAAACAGGGUCCCUUUAUAGGGUAAAUGGUCAAUAUUUUAAUGGCAGGGAAAAUGCCAAAGAAUAUUUGAGAGAAAAUCCACAAGUUUGUCAAGAAUUGAUAUCAAAACUCAAAGAUAAGUUGUUCAGGGAUGUAGGCAGAGAAUAUGACAUUGAAGAGAAAGUGGGGAAUAUGGGUGGUCCAGAAAACCUUAAACCACCGAAUUUUGUGUUGGAUGAAAACAAAGAUGAUGAAAUAGAUCUAGAGGGGGCGGCAGAUGCAUAGCAAUUGAAUCAUAUGAAAUCAACCCUUGCAUGUGUUGAUUUUUUGAUCAGCUAUUGAAUUUAUCAUUAUUUAUGUGAAGAUCUUUGAGGAAUUUGCUUGCAUUGUCACCUAAAAAAUGCAAUGGAGAAUGCAAAAUGAUGAUGACAAACAACAGAUUGUAGACAGAAGCCUACUGAUAACCUUCUGAAUCCUGUAAGAAGCUCAGAAAAUGCUUAAAAUGAGUCAGAUACAAGAGAAGAGAAGCAUGCUUGUUAAGGGCACUGAAGAUAAUCUACAAGCAGCACAUUGUCUGAGUCUAAGAUUACCAGAGCAAUGUCUUCUAUGAAUGCUUGUGAUAGGGACCAUUUGGAAAGGUAUUUUUCAAUCAAGAUGUGAAGGGACGGUUGAACUUUGCCUCUCAUAUAAAGGAAGCAAAAUGGAAGGCAUUGAAGAAGAAACAAUUCAAGGGAGCGUGACCACUAUCACAGUUUUUAAAGAGUAAUUCCAAUCCUCUGAUGCUAUCUGCAAUAUGCCACCUUUUUUUGUAACCAUUAGACUACAUGAUAAUGAAUUAUGAUAUGCAUUCUGUUGAAAUACAUUGCAUCUUUCCAUUACAUGGUUUCGUAAUGUAAAACAUACCUUAACAUAAAGGUUUGUCGUGUCUAUAUGGCAUACAAGUCAGAUUUGUUAAUGUUUGCAAUAAGGAAGAUUUUAGAAA